UCGCCCUUGUUUCCGUCACUUCCGGAAGCCACAUCCGUAAUUUGGAAGAUGGCGUCCACCUUCGGAGACGAUCUUUUCGAUAUUUUUGAGUCGAAAGCUGAUAAUUCUAAAGUAACUGAAAAGAAAAAUGAAGAAGAGAAAAUAUCGGUUGAUGAUACACAAAGGGCUGAGGAUUUACUCAGAAGUAUCGUUAAAAAGCGAGAGAUUGACAACCCUGAUGUGAUUAGUUCCAAGAAAUUGAAAUCUGACCAUGAGGAUUUUGCUGCAGCUGCAGAAGUUAUGCCUCGUAUCCAGGUCCACAAAGUUGAGACUUUGGAGUCUUGCACACAUGAGGUUGCUCUACCUCCUGAUGAAGAAUUUGUUCCUUUGAAACCUCCUCCUGAAAAACCUGCUCAGGAAUUUCCAUUUAUUCUUGAUCCAUUCCAAAAGGAAGCACUUUUAUGUUUAGAAAACAACCAGUCUGUAUUGGUAUCUGCACACACAUCAGCUGGCAAAACAGUUGUUGCUGUCUAUGCCAUUGCAAUGUCACUCCAAAAGAAGCAACGUGUUAUAUACACAUCUCCUAUUAAAGCAUUAAGCAACCAGAAAUAUCGAGAACUGUUUGAAGAGUUUCAAGAUGUUGGUUUGAUGACCGGAGAUGUAACUAUCAACCCAACUGCUAGUUGCUUAGUCAUGACAACUGAAAUUUUGAGAAGUAUGUUAUAUCGAGGGUCAGAGAUCAUGAGAGAAGUUGCUUGGGUGAUAUUUGAUGAGAUUCAUUAUAUGAGAGAUAAAGAACGAGGUGUUGUUUGGGAAGAAACCAUUAUUCUUCUUCCUGAUAAUGUACACUAUGUAUUUCUAUCAGCCACUAUCCCUAAUGCACGACAAUUUGCUGAGUGGAUAUGUCAUCUUCAUAACCAGCCAUGUCAUGUUGUUUACACUGAUUAUCGACCAACUCCAUUGCAACAUUACAUCUUCCCUGCAGGUGGUGAUGGCAUUCAUUUAGUGGUAGAUGAGAAUGGAGAAUUUAGAGAAGAGAAUUUUGCAACUGCCAUGCAAGUUUUACAAGAAGCUGGGGGAAACGCUCGAGGAGAUAUGGGACUUCGUGGAAGGAAAGGCAAUGUCAGAGAUAAUUCCAACUGCUACAAAAUUGUGAAGAUGAUUAUGGAAAGAAACUUUGCUCCUGUAAUUGUGUUUAGUUUUAGCAAGAAGGAUUGUGAAGCUUAUGCUCUCCAACUGACCAAACUGGAUUUUAACUCUGCCGAGGAAAAAAAUUUAGUUGUGGAAGUGUUCAAUAAUGCCAUUGACAGUUUGUCAGACAGUGACAAGAAAUUGCCACAGGUUGAAAAUGUGCUUCCUUUACUGAAAAAGGGAAUUGGAAUCCAUCAUGGUGGUUUACUUCCUCUUUUGAAGGAGACCAUUGAGAUACUUUUUGCUGAAGGUCUCAUCAAGGCUCUGUUUGCUACAGAAACAUUUGCCAUGGGUCUUAAUAUGCCUGCCAGGACAGUUUUAUUCACCUCUGCUCGUAAGUUUGAUGGUAAAGAUUUUAGAUGGAUAACAUCUGGUGAAUAUAUUCAAAUGAGUGGUCGUGCUGGACGUCGUGGAAUUGAUGACCGUGGUAUUGUUAUCUUGAUGGUUGAUGAGAAAAUGAGUCCUAUGGCUGCUAAAAAUAUUGUUCAAGGAGAAGCUGAUCCUUUGAAUAGUGCCUUUCAUCUAACCUACAACAUGGUCCUGAAUUUGUUGAGAGUUGAAGAAAUUAAUCCUGAAUAUAUGUUGGAACGAUCUUUCUACCAGUUCCAAAACUAUGCCACUAUACCACAACUUCUUGAAAAUAUUCGGAAACAAGAAAAAGAUCACAAUAACCUGAAAAUUCCAAAUGAAGAGCAGAUAGCAACUUAUUAUAAGAUUAGGCAGCAGCUUGAUGCCCUUGCUGUUGAGUUCCAAGGUUAUAUCACAAAACCACAGAACAUAUUGCAGUUUUUACAGCCAGGACGUUUGAUUAAAGUAAAGAAUACUGAUGAUGAUUUUGGUUGGGGAGUUGUUGUCAAUAUCCAGAAAAAGACGGAUCAAAGCAAGUUGGAAUCAGAUGUUCAGUACGUUUGUGAAGUUCUUCUCCAUUUAAGUCAAGAAUCAGCUCAUACUCAUAGCAGCUUAUCUAUUAAACCGUGUCCUCCUGGACAGAAAGGAGAGAUGCAGGUUGUACCUAUUCUCAUUCAUUUGAUAUCUUCAAUAAGUUCCGUACGCUUAUAUGUUCCUAAAGACUUGCGGUCACUGGACAGCAGACAGAGCAUCCUAAAAUCAGUUCAGGAAGUCCAACGCAGGUUUCCAUGUGGUCUACCCUUGCUAGACCCAAUUGAUGAUAUGGGUAUCCGAGAGAAAGGCUUGAAGGAAAACAUUAAGAAAAUUGAAGCUUUUGAACACCGUAUGUAUUCCCAUCCUCUUCAUAAAGACCCAAAACUGGAAGAAUAUUAUUCACUGUAUGAACGAAAAGCUAAGCUUGGACAAGAAAUUAAAAAAAUCAAACUUGAAAUGAAGAAAAAGAAGUCAUUACUGCAAAUGGAUGAGUUGAAAUGCCGGAAGCGUGUGUUGAGGCGACUUGGCUAUGCAACGCCUUCAGAUGUUAUUGAAAUGAAAGGCAGAGUUGCUUGUGAAAUUGACAGUGGUCAAGAACUUCUUCUUACUGAGUUGAUUUUCCAUGGAGUUUUCACUGACCUCACUGUCCAACAGAGUUGUGCCCUCCUCAGUUGUUUUGUCUGCCAAGAAAAAGCAUCAGAAACUCCCAAAUUGACAGAAACACUUCGUGGACCAUUAAGAAUCAUGCAGGAAACUGCCAGAAGAAUUGCCCGAGUGAGCAAAGAAGCCAAGAUAGAGAUGGAUGAAGAAACUUACGUUGAUUCUUUCAAACCACAUAUGAUGGAUGUUGUGAAUGCUUGGUGCAAUGGUGCUGAGUUUGCUCAAAUUUGUAAAAUGACUGAUAUAUUUGAAGGAAGUGUUAUAAGAAUCAUGCGGCGAUUAGAGGAAAUGUUGAGACAAAUGUGUCAAGCAUCAAAAGCUAUUGGAAACACAGAACUUGAAAGUAAAUUUUCAGAAGGGAUCAGGAAGAUAAAAAGAGAUAUUGUAUUUGCAGCCAGUUUGUACCUAUAGUAUGUUUCCUUUCCUGUCACAUCUAAACUGGAAUGAUUUUAUAUUCAUUGUAAAUAACAUUUAUGAUAUGGAAAUUUUUAUUGUUACAUUAAAUCACACUUUCCACCAUUA